AUGACGAAGCCGGAGGCCGCGGCUGGGCCACCGUUUGCCGCUCAAAACAGGAGCAUUUGUGUGCCUGUGUGCGGUGAUGGCGUAGUGUUGGUCGGCAACGGAGAGGAGUGCGAUGAUGGCAAUCGUGUUCCCAAUGAUGGCUGUGACGAGAAUUGCCGAGUGGAAAGUGGCUAUGCCUGUGGCAUCCAAAGCGGAGGUGCUUCGUCGCUGACCCGGUCCGCCUGCGCGCCCGUUUGUGGAGAUGGCUUGUUGCGGGCACCAGAAGAGUGCGACGAUGGAAACGAUGGGAAGGGAGAGCGGCGCUUGGAUGCUUGUAGCUUGCGUACAGGCUAUCGUUGUUGGCCACCUGGGGCAGACUGCCGGCAGCUUUGUGGCGAUUAUCUGCGCUUGGAGGGGGAGGAGUGCGACGAUGGCAACCUGCUUUUAGCAGAUGGCUGCGACAGCAGUUGCCAUGUGGAGGUGGGGUGGACAUGCCGCUCCUAUGUCUACGGGCCCACGAAUGCGACAUCUCUUUGUUCUCCGAUCUGUGGAGAUGGGAUGAUCCAUGGAGCAGAGGCUCCGCAUAUGCGAGAUUUAUCGCUUCUGAGUGCCGGUCGCAUGGCCUUCGUGCUAACCGGGGAUCACGUCUUGGCUGCAGGACAUGUGAUUGCUCAAGCAGAUUGCACAUGUGCCCUCCUAACUUCCACCGGAGAUUAA